AUGCACAGUACUAAACCGUGCUCUAAUUGUACUGCAGUAGCAGAGGGACAAGGCUUCCUCAUAAGGAACAGCCGGCUGGAAAAGUGCAUCCGUAUUUCCCACCACGAGACCAACAGCAUCAGCCUGAGCAACUGCAAGGCACGCUCCCCGACACAGCAGUGGAGCUGGGAGCCCACCACCAGGACCAUCAUCAGCCUUCAAACAAAGCAGUGCUUGACAGCCCACAAGACACGGGAGUUCGCUCUGGUCAAGCUAGAGCCCUGUGGGGACUGGGAACGCCAAGCAUGGACGUGCAGCAAGAAGGGACACUUGACCCUGCAGAGCUUGGGUUUCCACCUCAGCACCAAGGAAGGAGACCAUAAGGUCUUUGUCUCAAGGGAGAAGGACAAAUUAAGCAGGUGGAAGACUUUAGCGGAUGAAACUGUCUGUGCUGCUGGCUGGACAGCAGCUCCAAGGCCUAGUGGACCAACGCAAGGAGCUGCAGACACAACUAAAACCACUGAUACAUCAAAGAUUGGUGCUAUGGACAGAGAAUCUUCUGUGGGCUUGACUGACCCACCUCUGGCUCACAAAUUUAACAGCACGGUGUCUCCAGCGAAGACCAGACAGGCAUAUCUCCCAGCAAACAAGGAUGUGUCCCAGAAUCACUCUAAAAAGCACCAUGGAAAUCGAGGGAAAAAUGCUGGGGCCAGGCUUGCAGGUACCAACUGGAAGACAGCCAUGCUGGUCCUCAGCCCCCUGGCCUUCAUACUGGGAUUAAUAAUACUGACACUCAACGUUCAUUACAACAAGAAGAAGAAAAUCCUCUCUGCUCUGAAGAGCUCCCCAGCCAGCAACAGCAGAGCUGACUUACGGGAGCCACCUCCCUUACGAAGAGGUCCCCAGACGUACCUUCCACCAUCUCGCUCCCCUUCCUUGAGGCACGGGGAGAUCCUCAUUGAGUGGAAAGAUGGGACUGUCACUCAUCUUUUUGAUAAUGCAAACUAUCAAAUGGACUAGCACUGAAAUAAUGGAGCUGUUGUUCCAUGCUGUGUCACUCUUCCCAGCAGGAAGAGGGCCACCAUACCCCAUCUCCUCCCUGGCUUGCUGUUCCGACAGGGAGUUGUAGA